CAAAUUUGAUUUUCGCCCUCAUGUUUAUCAACCAAUAUGAGAUAACAUGGAUAAUUUCGCAUAAAAAUGAGGAAUUCUAAAGGUCUAAAAGAACAUUCGAUCAGUAACUCUGGCAACAGCGCGUGAAUCAUUCGAUAUCUGACUGUCAGUGUCACGUCUCAUGUGGUGUGAAUCGUGAGGUUAUGUUCCGUUUAACAGCUUUAAAAAACAGCGUUUCUUUUCAGAUAAAUAAACAAUAAGUUAACAUUCCAAUAUGAUUGAUGACUCAAAGGUAGAAGUGCGAAUUGUAGACGAAUCCAAGGGAAAAGGGCUUUACGCCAAGGAAAAGAUUACCAAAGACAGCGUGAUUCUUGAAGAAGACCCGUUGGUGUCCUGUCAGUUCUCUUGGAACGCUGCUUAUGGAUAUAAAGCAUGUGAUAAUUGCUUGAGACCACUUGAAACAGCUCUAGAAAAUGCACAAAGAUUAACAGCUGGGCAGGUUGAAGAAAUGCCUUAUCCAGAGUGCUGUACAACAGAUAAAUCGAAAAUAGUUUCAUGCCCAGAUUGUGGUGUGGAAUACUGCUCUGAGAUAUGUCAAACAGAAGCUUUAAAUCAACAUCAUAGGGUACUGUGUCUACAAACAACUGAAAGAAAUGUUGAUAUUCAUCCAUUGUUAAAGCUAGAAGAGACUUGGAAGCAAAUGCAUUAUCCCCCAGAAACAAGUAGCGUACUGUUAAUAGUGAGACUUCUAGCACGUAUAUUACAGGCUCCAGAUAGGUCAGCUGCAAUUCAGCAAAUGCUAAGCUUCUGUCAUAGAUCAGUAAAUGAAGAUAAGGAUCUGGCACACAAGUUUUUGGGUUCAGAAUUUGCACAGCAUAUCUCAAUACUGCACGACUUGUUAGUGAAAGCAGUACCAAAUGAAGGCAUUGAGCAGUUCUUGACCCUGGAAGGAUUUCAAAGUCUCCUUGCCCUGAUAGGGACAAAUGGUCAAGGAGUUGGCACUAGUGCUAUAAGUCAAUGGGUAAAAAACGUAACAGAAAUGGAGUUGCCUGAAAUGGAAAGGAAAGGAAUAGAUAAGUUUAUUGACUGGCUGUAUGACCAGAUGGAGGAGAAUGUAGGACAAUUUCUCAACAAUGAAGGGGUUGCCUUAUAUACUUUGCAAAGUGCUUGUAACCACAGUUGUAUACCCAAUGCAGAGCCCAGUUUUCUCCACAAUAAUCACAGGCUAUCAUUGAUUGCUGUCAGAGAUAUACUUGAAGGUGAAGAAAUUCUAAUCAGUUACUUGGAUGAAUGUACACUAACUAGAUCAAGGCAUUCCAGACAAAAAGAACUGACGAAGAACUAUCUGUUUCAAUGCAAAUGUCCGAAAUGUUCAGAGCAAGCUGGUGAUCCUGAUGUUACAAGUGAUGAAGAUCAGAAUAUGAGUGAUGAAAUGUCAGAUUAAUUAUGGUUUUGUACUGUUGCCUAAUUGUUUUUAUGGUCAAAAUAAAGUGAAUUACAAAUUUCGUGAUAC